ACAUCGAGGAGUUCUUGCUUCAACAGUGUUUGAACGGAGCUUCUUCUUCCUUCGUCCCGGAGCUUUUUGUCAGACGACCAGCCAGCAUUUCACCAAACCUCCUGUUUACUUGAAUCUACCGAAACAGCUUUAUUUUUCUACCGUUUUUUGUUUAAAAAGGACCAGAAAAACUCCAGCUGACAUGGAUUCUCAGGUGCGCCAGAACUACCACCGCGACUGCGAGGCCGCCAUCAACAGGAUGGUCAACAUGGAGCUGUUUGCCUCCUACACCUACACCUCCAUGGCCUACUACUUCUCCCGUGAUGAUGUGGCCCUGCCAGGCUUCGCUCACUUCUUCAAGGAGAACAGUCAUGAGGAGAAGGAGCACGCUGAGAAGCUGCUGGACUUCCAGAACAAGAGGGGAGGACGCAUCUUCCUCCAGGAUGUCAAGAAACCAGAGCGUGACGAGUGGGGAAGUGGUCUGGAGGCCAUGCAGUGCGCCCUGCAACUGGAGAAGAAAGUCAACCAGGCCCUGCUGGAUCUGCACAAACUGGCCUCUGACCYCACAGAUCCUCAUCUGUGCGACUUCCUGGAGACCCAUUACCUGAAUGAGCAGGUGGAGGCCAUCAAGAAGCUGGGAGAUUACAUCACUAACCUGACCCGCAUGGAUGCCAACACCAACAAGAUGGCAGAGUACCUGUUUGACAAGCACUCCCUGGGGGGCAAGAGCUAAAGAGUYCCUAAAAAGAAAUGACCCAGAGUGGAAAAUGUUUGUUUUUUUUUUGUUCUAAUCUUCUGCUCCAACUGAUUAGUCAUUAGCCGCUUUUUAAGGUCUCUUCAGAAAGUUGCAUUUUWAAAGCAUUGUAUCUUUUCUGUUCUGCUUUACCUGAAUAAACAUUUAAGCUGGA